UGAUUUAUGAAUCGAUUAGAUAAACCGUUAACACUAUUAAGUGUAGUCAUGAUUCUUAAUAGUAUCAAAUUACCCGCGAAUAUAUUGCAAAGGGACACAAGUCAUUAUUGUUAAAUAAAAUUUGAUAUUGUCACGCUGAAGUCGAGGGCGUUUUGCAUUUGUGUUGGGAUUUUUUUCUGUGCGGAUAAUAAAAUUAUCUAGGUCCCCAACUAAAUGAGUGAUGUGGCUAAUCCAAAGAAAACUACAAGAGUACGUCGGCAGCGGUCUAUAUAUCAGGUGCACUACUGCCUGGAGCGGCGCUGCGCCGAGGAGAUGAAGCCGCUGGUGCUGACCAGCGACCUGGAUGUGCAGGCGUACCAUUCGCAGGUGGCCGGGCACAAGAACACCGACCAAUACAAAUAUACAGUCGUAACAUGUAAAAAAUACUCUAGAUGCCACAUUGCACAGGACCCUUUAGUACUGUACAAUAGAAUUCUUCAAUGUCAAAAUGAAACAUCUUUAUGUGCAACCAGUUUCGACUUUUCCACCACUAUAAAAGCAUUGUGUUUAAAAUAUGGCACGGCUAUUCCAUACUUCUCGAAAAAUGAAUACCAAAAAGGCGUCAAUAACUCUUCGUCGUUGGUGGUAAGGCUGUCUGAUAAACACUCGGUGUCAAGUACCGACUGUCACCUAGAGUAG